AUGACGAUCAGCGUUUUUGGCUGCUUCAAGAGCAAGUCUGCAGUGCAGACGAGAGACCCCCCUGCGGUUGUGACAACUCCGCCUGUGGCGGCGAAUCCCCCUGUGGCAGAGGCGACGCAGCAACGAUCCCUGGUGCCUGUUGCAGCCGUGGCCAAAAAGGUGGGAUCCACUGAGGAACCAGGAGCACGGUUGUGCCCAUCUCCACCCCUGGACUUGGCUAUGCUGUCCACUCUGAGCUAUAAUGGAGCAAACAAGAAUGGACGAACGUCGUCUGCAGGGCGUGUUUCCAUGGGGCCUCGUGCGGUGAAGCCUACCGACAGCGCUGCCUCGAUGGUUGCAGAUGACAAUGGACUCAAGCCUCUCCCUGAGGAAGCUGCCUCCCUGGAUCCAAGGCUGCUGGUCGAGUCGAUCAACGACAGGCGGGGCCGCACUGCAGGGGACAUGUCCCUUCUGUUGUCCCCCCGCAAGAAGCCCUCCAAGGUGACUGCGCCCCGAAAGGGUAUGUCCCUUGUCCUGACACCCAGCGACCGAGAGGAGCUGGAAUCUGAGGCGGGCCUUAAUGGAUCUCUCCCCACUCAAAUCCAGACAGUGCCCAGCUCCAAACGCCAUGGCCGCAAGGCCUUCUUUUCAGUUUUUCGCAAGUCGGCGUCAGUCGUCUAG